ACUUUCUUAUCGUUAUCCUUAUCCGGCUUUCUUAUCUCCGAUGUUCUUGAAUAUCUAUCAGAGCUAAUUGAUGGAUCAUCCAAACUUCGUUGUGGAUUAUUCAAAGCUUGGUUGAAGCAUCAUCUUUGUAGCGCCAUACAGCGCAAUUCGGUGAAGGCUUAGCAACCAAUUCGAGCAAAAAUACCCUACCGGGCUCAGCGCGUACAAAGCUGGGUCACCCUUCAGACUCGUCGCAUUCCAUCGAUACUCGAAGUCACUCGAGGGAUCUGUAGUGUCUCAACACGUCCACAUGACUAUUCAGGAUGUGCCUUGAUCCUCCAAUCUCCCCUCCGCCAGAUCGAUAUCCUAUAAUCGUGAAAAUUUGAGGCCGAUACUUUGAUUUCCGCUUUUACCUGCAUACCGAAUCCGUACAGAUCAGCAUCGAUAGUCUCCAUAUGUCUCAACUCGAUAUCCGAAUUUACAGAGAGAUAUAUACAUGACACGACAAUCUAUAUUGCAUAUAAAAUAUAUAUAGGCGUCGACAAUGGAGGGGGACGAUGGCGCCGAUGCGCAACCUAGGCGCAGUGGCCCCGUAGCCAUGUAUCGUAUGGGAUCUAAUCAGAGUAAUUCGAGUUUCUUUGAGGACGUUGAGAUGGCGCAAGAUGAGCUCUUCUCUGGUCCCGUUGCGGAAAGCUUACCCAGCAGCAUUUCUGCCUUCUCCCAUCGUCGUCAACGCGCGGACUCGACCGCGAGCUUUGCGUACUACACCGAGGAGGAGGAAGAGCCGGAACCUAGAGCUAUCUUUCGCGAGGACGGGGCCAUGACCUUCGAUAUAGACGAGACUCCGUUCGACUUCGAUGAGGAAGGGGAAAUAAGCUCUGAAGUUGAACUAGAAAAUGGUAGUUCACACGAAGAUUAUGCUCUGCAUCGGAGAUCUUCGACGGUGUCGAGAAAUUCUGUCCAUGCCAGACUUCUUCGAACAGACAGCGGUGUGACGGAUGCUAGUAGUCGUGGUCACAGCCGAGUCAACCAGAAGCUGCAUAUGGCCAAUGAGGACCUCACCAUUGUGAUAGCCGGCUUCCGUACGAGCAAACUUGGUUACGCUGCCUAUGUCGCCAUGUGCGUCUUAACCUUGGGCCUCGCAUAUCUCCUGCUGCGAUGGCUUCCGCAGUGGCAGGUGAAGCUGAUUGGCGAGCCCUGUCCGCUUCACGAUUGCCAAUGGGUGGUGCUCGAGAACCAAUGGGGUGAAAUGGCCAUCCUGAAUGUCAAUACUCAACCAUAUAACCGACCCCUUUCCACCGUAUUUGGGGCCCCGGAAAAGAUAUUUGCUCAACUACUGGAAGAAGACGCCGAUCCAUUAUUACCUGAACUUCGAGUGCUCAAUUACCGUUACGUCCGCUUUUUCUAUCACCCAUUGAAGGGUAAAUUUGUCAUCAGCAAUGGGUGGAAGGAUCCUGCGUGGAAGCGGGUGCGAGCACUUCGUGCUGGGAUCGACGGCGAGGAGAAAGACUACAGGGAAAACGUCUUUGGAACGAACCUCAUUGACAUUGAGCAAAAGUCUAUCCCACAACUGCUUAUAGAUGAAGUGUUUCACCCUUUCUACGUCUUCCAAAUUGCGAGUUUGAUUCUCUGGUCUCUAGAUGAAUAUUACUACUAUGCCAUUUGUAUUUUUGUCAUGUCGGCAGGCAGUAUAAUAGCGACGUUAGUAGAAACGCGUGCUACAAUGCGGCGUCUUCGCGACAUCUCUCGCUUUGAGUGCGAUGUACGCGUCCUUCGCAAUGGUUUUUGGGCUCACGUCUCUUCGAGCGAUUUGGUUCCCGGUGACGUUUAUGAAGUCAGCGAUCCUAGCCUCACACAGUUUCCCGCCGACAGUUUACUUCUUAGCGGAGACUGUAUUGUGAACGAGAGUAUGCUUACUGGCGAGUCCGUACCGGUUUCUAAAAUCCCUGCCACAGAUGAGAUUCUUGAAUUCAUGAACCUUGGCGCCUCCAGCGUCUCUCCUGAGGUUGCUCGCCACUUUCUCUUCUGCGGGACUAAAAUUAUCAGGGCAAGGCGACCACAGGAUAAUAGAGACGACGAAGCGGUUGCAUUAGCUAUGGUGGUGAGAACCGGCUUCAACACUACUAAGGGUUCUCUGGUCCGCUCGAUGCUCUUUCCCAAGCCUUCCGGCUUUAAAUUUUAUCGUGACUCCUUUCGAUAUAUAUCCGUUAUGGGAUGCGUCGCGCUUCUUGGGUUCGUGGUGUCCUUUAUCAACUUCCUGCGUCUUGGGCUAGCCUGGCACUUAAUCAUUGUCAGAGCCCUCGACUUAAUUACCAUUGUCGUCCCACCGGCCCUCCCGGCUACACUUACCAUAGGAACGAACUUUGCCCUGAGCCGUCUCAAGAAGAAACAAAUAUUCUGCAUAAGCCCACAGAGGGUGAAUGUCGGCGGGAAGCUGGAUGUAAUGUGUUUUGAUAAGACUGGUACUCUUACGGAAGACGGUUUGGAUAUUCUGGGCGUGCGAUUGGUAUCCCGGUUAACAAAUCGAUUCGAUGAUGUGGUCUCGAAGGCGGCAGAUUUGGUUCCUCCAUUGAAUCUGGAUGCUGGGCCUGGCGACAAGUACGACAUAAACCGUGCUGCUUUAUUCACGAUGGCCACAUGCCAUUCACUUCGAUCCAUCGACGGCGAGCUUGUUGGAGAUCCGUUAGAUGUUAAGAUGUUUGAGUUUACUAACUGGACAUUCGAAGAGGGUAGCCAAGGCAAUACUGAUCAAGAGGAGGAUGAGCAAGGCGGCCUCUCUCCUUCAGUUGCACGCCCUCCCCCGACACCUCUGUAUGAUACGGAUGAGUUUGGUGUUACACGGGGGCAAAAUUCUUCAAUCGAACUGGGAAUUUUGAGAUCUUUCGAGUUCGUGUCCCAGCUACGAAGGGCUAGUGUGAUCGUGCGAGCCUUCGGUCAGCAAAGCGGUAGCGUUUAUGUCAAGGGCGCACCUGAAUGCAUGCGAGAUAUAUGUCGACCCGAGAGUUUCCCGGCGGACUACGAUGAACUCCUGUCCUAUUAUACCCACAAAGGCUAUCGAGUCAUAGCAUGUGCUACCAGGUAUAUAAAGAAGUUAUCAUGGGUAAAGUCCCAGAAGAUGAAGCGUGAUGAAGUUGAGAAGGACCUCGACUUCGUCGGCUUCAUUAUCUUCGAAAACAAAUUGAAGCCAACAACCGCCGCGGUGCUCAAAGAGCUUACCCAGUCAAAUAUUGGGUCGAUUAUGGUCACGGGUGACAACAUACUGACUGCCAUCAGUGUAGCUAGAAACUGUGGUCUUGUUGAGAAGGACGCACAUUGUUUUGUCCCACAUUUUGCCGAAGGGAACUCCCGUGACCCUAAUGCUCUUUUGCACUGGGAAAGCAUAGACGAUACAGCGUACCAGCUAGACUAUCGGACAUUGCUUCCUCUUCCUGCUCCAGUUGACCGUGACGCAUCGUUGCCAUACGAUAUAGCUAAUCUUAGGAAUUACUCUCUUGCAAUAAGUGGGGAUAUCUUCCGAUGGAUAAUCGACUUUGCUCCAAAUGAAGUCGUACAGAGGAUGCUUGUCCGGGGCAAGGUAUUUGCACGCAUGUCUCCGGACGAGAAACAUGAACUUGUAGAGAAACUUCAGAGCAUAGACUACUGCUGCGGAUUCUGCGGUGACGGGGCGAAUGACUGUGGUGCUCUCAAAGCCGCGGAUGUGGGAAUCUCGCUUUCCGAGGCUGAAGCAUCCGUUGCGGCCCCCUUUACGUCAAGGGUAUUCGAUAUUCGAUGUGUACCCGACGUGAUUCGGGAAGGACGGGCUGCUCUAGUAACUAGUUUCAGCUGCUUCAAGUUCAUGAGUCUUUACUCUGCUAUCCAAUUUACCUCCGUCAGCUUUCUAUACGCUUCGGCUUCGAAUCUAGGAGACUUUCAAUUCCUCUUCAUCGACGUCGUACUUAUAUUGCCAAUCGCCAUCUUCAUGGGAUGGUCUGGGCCCUUCCCGGUCCUAAGCAGGAAGCGGCCAACAGCAAACUUAGUCUCUCGAAAGGUCCUCACACCAUUGCUAGGCCAGAUGAUCAUAUGCAUUUUCAUACAGGCCGUCGCAUGGCUUCUAGUGCGAGAACAAAGCUGGUAUAUACCACCCCAUGUCAACCCAGAGAAGUCCAACAUCAAGAACUCGGAGAACACAGCCUUGUUUCUCAUGUCUUGUUUCGAGUAUAUUUUCAUAGGGGUGGUUAUGAGUGCUGGUCGACCAUUCCGACAACCUAUGAACCAAAACUGGCCAUUUAUGACAACCAUCCUCGCGGCAUUGGUUGUAGUCACAUACAUGACCUUCUCGCCAAGUCAUCAAAUAAAGAAGAUCAUGCAGUUGACUAACAUUAAUCCUUCCUUCAAGACCACAUUGUUGGUUCUCGGUGUGAUGUAUUUAGUUAUCUCGUGGAUUGGCGAGAAUUAUCUCUUCCAGAAGCUCGCUCGGGCAUUUGGCCUGGCGAAGCUGGCCAUUACUAAAGAUUCGAAGAAGCGGAAAGAGUAUAAGGUCAUAAUGGAGCGGAUGAAAGCUUGAUCUGGAUGCGAUGUCUUGUUCUGGCUUAUAGUGGCCGUGGUUAGGGAAGGUUGUGAAUUGGCCGAUAUUCUACGCUUCAUGCAGAGUGGUCUACAAUUUGUAAGUUUCAACCUCAUGCCUGUUAGACGGUUUCCAUACUAUAAUUCCUACCUGUAUAUAUUAUCAAUAGGUAUAUACGUAUCAACAUCUCUGUAUAAGGAGGGAUUGUUAUAUUAAAGAAUCUUGACUUUGACAA